CCACUAUUCUCAUGAACAACUGAUGUAGCUAGAGCCUCACAUUGACAGCCAGCUGGUUUUCCCAUGCGAAGCGGAAUAUAGUGUACCGACCCUUUGCCCGCCGACCAACCUGCGAUAGGCCAACGGGGCGACUAUUUUUUUUCCUUCUCUUUUUCGCUCGUUCGCAGCGAAGCCCCAAACAAACAUUAUCUCGUUGCUUCCCGGCGCGCUGCGCGCCAACCAACGAGCAAGAUGAUGAUCUUGGGGAGUUUCCUCUAUGUCUCCGUCCUCCUCAUCAACGCCAUAGCAAUCCUGUCCGAAGACCGAUUCCUCGCGCGCAUAAACCUCUCGCCCUCAUCCUACGACCCGGCCUUUGGCCAAAGCCCCGAUGCCAGUGUCAAGGCGCGCAUCAUCAACCUGAUUGCCAGUGUCCGGACGCUCAUGAGAAUACCUCUGAUCGUGAUCAACACCCUCAUAAUAAUCUACGAGAUCGUGCUCGGUUAAUGUAGAUAGGCUCGCGACCGCAUUCACUUUUCGCACCCGCCGGAAAUGCUGGAAUUGAAUAUCGAACAAAAAUGUGCGAGAUGACCAGGUGGCGGGGGGCUAGCUCUUGAUCCGAGAUCCGAGAAACACAGUCCCUAUAUUAUGUACUUGGGUUUAUUCUGGCGGUACUUGCGGCGUUCGGAAUAAAACGGGCUUGGAAUUUUUUUUUUUUUUUUUUUUGGUAAAUGAAACGGUCACUUUGAAAGUAGAUGCAAGGCACGUGAAAUGAUCACACAAGAGUACAAUCAACUGGAGCUGCACAGCAAGUCUAUUUGGCAGUCCCGAUGCAGAA